GAUUUUAGGGAGAAUAACCCAAGUGCCAAUCGGAUUAAUGCUAAUGGUAAUCGUAAUAUCACGCUAAAGUUCUUCGUCUUCGCGUUGUUCUGCUGCGCCGCGGGGCAAUUCGGAUCGUACCGGGGUUUCCCGAAUCAGAACGCAUACAGACCUACGCCAGCGCCGAAUUACCAGCAGCCAUUGCAGCCUCAGUACUCCCCACAGUACAAUUCACCCGGAAGGUUUAUAGCCAUCCGCAGCCAACAGAAAGACACUUAUCCGGAUGGAACUUACACUUUUAGCUACGACACCGAGAAUGGAAUUUCCGUCGCUGAGAGCGGCCGUCCUCAAGGCACUGGACAGGGCCAGAGCGAGGUUGUCCAAGGCAGAUUCUCGUAUAACGCGCCAGAUGGCACUCCUAUCACUGUGGAGUACACUGCCGACGAAAAUGGCUUUCAUCCUCAAGGUGCACACUUGCCAACCCCGCCACCAAUUCCAGAAGCCAUCAGACGAGCCCUCGCUGCCAAUCCUCCCGGACCCGACGAUUCAGACUACAGACAACCCUACAACUCGAACCCCUACCGAAGAUAUUAGGCGAAAUCUACUGACCAAAUGAUUGCAAACAAUUCGAGACUUGAAUUGAUUCGUUAUUGCCUUGUAAACCGACAUGAUGUUUGUACAUACACCGUGAAAUAACAG